AUGGAUUGCAAGAAUACCAACUCGACCAAAAGAGAAGUUGACGAAGCUGAGUGCAGCCAGCAACCAGUAGAAAAGGUCCAACCUGUCCCUGUUGAGGUCAUUUCCCCCCAGCCAACCAUGUCCUCCUCACCCGAGCAAACUCUGUUCACCAAAGAAACCAAAAGGGAGCUCAGCCCCACUGCAGUGAACAUUUCUGAAAGGCCGAAAAUUAGAUACUGCGGGGAUAUCCACAAAAUGGACAGUUUCGAGGGUGAAUUCCUACGCUUGUGCUCGAUUAAUGCUGCUGUGGCCAUUGAGAAAGCCAUUCCGAUGAGUUUUUGGAGGGAGCAUAUCGAACACCAAGUUAAUGAUACUACGAGAGCAAUCUUAUUGUGUAAAGGAGGUCGAUACAUUGUUCCAAUAAACCAAGCGCAUGGGAAGGCGUUGAUGGAACACGGUGAUGCGCGUGAAUUUAUGGAUCACAGUGGAAUCGUGGAAGGCAUCACAUGCGUAUUCAUCUUAAUUGGGUAUGAGUGUGUUGUUUUCAAGGUACGGUUACUGGAUGGUUGACAAUGUAAUCGUGCAAGAGUGUUUGGCGUACAAACACCGGUUUUCGUUAUCUUUCAUGUUUGGACUAAUUUUAUGUGUUGGAAUUCGUAAUUGGACC